AAAAAUUUUUUCGUUUCUCAAACAAUCUUGAUUCCUGUAAACCUAUAUUUUUUAAAUACAGGUGGAUGAACAUUGCUCUUUAAUUAUAUUUGAUUGUACCACAACUCCAGCCUGUGGCAACACUUCCCCAGAAAUCACACCUGUUUAAUAAACAUGCCCUGGGUAUCUUUAUAUUAUUUCUUGGAACGCCAGUCUCUUCGAAUAUCCUUAUCCUAUAUAAAUUGCUCACGUGAUUUUGCUUAUAGUAGUCAUAUAGAUCCAGAAAUUUUAAUUAUCUAGUAGCGUCUGUAAGUAUUUAUUCUCUGACCACGCUCAUGUUAAGUAAUGGUAUUGUAAAGUUUAUUUUUAAAUUGACAGCAUUUUUAGAUCUUGACCACUUAUGUCAAUCUGUAAUGUAAUAAACAGAAAUUUUAUUAUGCACACUUUAAAACAUGGAUGGACCGAUGCUUCUAGGUGUCAAACGAGGCUACUCAAACAAGGAUUCACUCCAAUUAGUGAAUUUUAUUUGGUUCAAGUAAUCUAUUAGUAAUUAAUUUAAUAGUUAAUAGGUAUUAAAUUAGUAGGUUUUAUUUGUAAUAAUACUCUACUACAAAUAAUAUACGAGCUAUAUUUGUUUCAGUAGCAGUUAUACUUUGCUAUAUGACGAGAUAAGACAACUUGACCUGCGGGAGCAAUGUGAAGUACUAGCAGACGUAAUGGCCGGGGUUUACCGACAACUUGCUGAUAUAAACAUGAUGGUUCCCACUGCUGCAGCAUUUGAGUUGCUGCUUCAGCCACAGCUACAUCGCAGACUUUUUCAGGCACUACCAUGGAUAUAUCAUCAUCCACUGUUAUACUUGGACUUCUAGUGGUAGUCCCUUCAGUUCUGGCGGAUUGCAGACCUGGCCCAUACCCAUACUGUCAAGACUGGAACAUCGGUAUAAAUAGAGUGAACCCUAGAGGUGCCGUAGUUUACGGUCACGCCAACGUUCCCAUCCAUCAAGGAUCAUCCAGCAGCGCCCACGGCCAAGUACACGGCUCCAGAGUAUUCGGAGGACCGUACAGUGGAGCGCAGACUGUCGGCGGCAACCUCAACUACCAGCACAACAACGGUGUACAUGGCAGUGUUGGGGCGACACACACGAGAGGGGUGGGAAAUUCCUUCAGCGCCUCCGCCGGUGGCAGUGGAAAACUGGGGCCGGGCACUCUGUCUGUAGGGGGCGGCGCUAGCACCAUUCCUGGCUCUAGUAGAGUGCAGGGCCAAGUGGGAGCUACCUACUCUGUGCCUCUGCCUUGAGAUAGGAAUGAUGAAAGUUGUUACGUUUAUAAAAGUUCCUUUCAACCGUUUUGUAAAUAUAUCUUGUACUGUACAUAAAAUAGACAAAUAAAAUGUGUUUUACUAGUA